AUGGAGCUUGGAAUUGCCCACAUGCGUAUCAUGCGCCGCAUACGGUUUGGCUCCCUGAAUUGGCCCUGGGAAGCGGGGCGGGAUCCAAGAAAACUACGCGAUACCCACUCGGUUAUGCUCUGCGUCCAACCCGGUGGUCUUGAACUCGUGCAGACCCAUAUUUCAUACUCUCCUGUCCAAUGA